AAUAAAGGUUCCAAAAGGUGAGUGCUUUUUAGUUUGUGAUUUUUAAGUCAACUAUUUCAAGAUGUUAAAGUUAGGUUUCUUUCCAGAGUAACUUGAAUUGGUAAACCUACUCCGUUGACACCUGUUUCUUUGAUUGUUUUGAAGAGAUUAGUGAUGGAAGAGGAUGGGAUUGAAGAGAUUAGUAGUAAUAGUAGUAGCAUUAGUGCAAGGUUAUUGAGGAGGAGGAGUGGUGGUGGUGACUCAGGGUCAAGAUGGGUGGAUGGUAGUGAAGUGGAUUCAGAAUCGCCACCUGAUGAUGAAAAUAGAAGUGAUGGGUAUGGAUCUCUUAGAAGACGGUUGGUGAAAAAGGCGAAAAGAGUUGACUCUUUUGAUGUUGAAGCCAUGGCUAUCUCUGGUGCCCAUGGCCCCCAUAACAAGGAAGUUUCAAUAUGGCAAACUCUCGGAUUAGCUUUUCAGACGCUUGGAGUUGUAUAUGGUGACAUGGGGACCAGUCCUUUGUAUGUAUUCACUGACGUUUUCGCCAAGGUCAAAAUCGAGUCAGAUGUUGAUGUCUUGGGAGCUUUAUCACUUGUUAUAUAUACGAUUGCUCUCGUGCCUUUAGCAAAGUAUGUUUUUAUAGUGCUAAAAGCAAACGACAACGGUGAAGGAGGAACUUUUGCACUGUAUUCGCUGAUAUGCAGAUAUGCAAAAAUCAAUCUUCUACCAAAUCAUCAACAAGCAGAUGAACGUAUAUCAAGUUUUAGGCUCAAAUUGCCUACUCCCGAACUGGAAAGGGCUUUGAAAAUUAAAGAGAAGUUAGAACACAAUUCCUUUUACAAAACUCUUCUCUUGUUGCUUGUUCUAAUGGGAACUUCCAUGAUCAUUGGGGAUGGUAUUCUGACCCCAGCUAUAUCAGUCAUGUCUGCUGUGAGUGGUCUGGAAGGUAAAAUACAAGGAUUUGGUACAGGCGCUUUAGUGACUGUAUCAGUUGUCAUUCUGGUGGGAUUGUUUGGCAUACAGAGGUUUGGGACGAGUAAAGUGGGGUUGACAUUUGCUCCUUGCCUUGCUUUGUGGUUCUUUAGUCUCGGGUCAAUUGGAUUAUACAACCUUAUUAAACAUAAUAUAUCUGUUGUGAAGGCGAUUAAUCCUAUGUAUAUUUAUUUCUUUUUUAAAAAGAAUUCUUUCACAGCUUGGUCCUCUCUUGGUGGUUGUGUUUUAUGCAUUACAGGAGCAGAAGCAAUGUUUGCUGAUUUAGGCCAUUUUUCAGUGCCAGCCAUACAGAUUGCUUUCUCGUUUGUGGUGUUUCCGUGCCUUCUUUUGGCUUACAUGGGUCAAGCUGCUUACCUCAUGAAAUACCCUGAUUCUGCAAGCAGAAUAUUCUAUGAUUCCAUUCCCGAUGGACUUUUUUGGCCCGUUUUUUUAGUGGCCACACUCGCUGCAGUUAUUGCUAGUCAAGCUAUGAUCUCUGCUUCAUUCUCGUGCAUUAAACAAUCCAUGGCUCUAGGAUGCUUCCCUAGGUUAAAAAUCAUUCAUACAUCAAGAAAAUUCAUGGGUCAAAUCUACAUCCCCGUCAUCAAUUGGUUCUUAAUGAUCAUGUGUGUUCUCGUUGUAGCCACCUUUCAAAGCACCACUGACAUAGCCAAUGCAUAUGGCAUAGCGGAAGUUGGGGUGAUGAUGGUUAGCACGACCCUAGUGACACUCGUAAUGCUUCUAAUCUGGCAAACAAACGUACUUAUAGCGUUGAGUUUCCUUAUCUUUUUUGGAUCCAUCGAGCUCUUAUACAUGUCAGCCGUUCUAUCCAAAAUCACCGAGGGAGGUUGGCUUCCUCUUGCAUUUGCUUCAUUCUUCCUUUGUGUCAUGUACAUUUGGAACUAUGGAAGUGUGCUAAAAUAUCAAAGUGAAGUCCGAAGUAAAAUAUCGAUGGACUUCAUGAACGACCUUGGGUCAACCCUUGGAACUGUACGAGUCCCUGGAAUUGGACUACUUUAUAAUGAGCUAGUCCAUGGUGUACCCUCAGUUCUCGGGCAGUUCCUACUAGACCUUCCAGCCAUCCACUCCACACUUGUUUUUGUCUGCAUCAAGUACGUUCCAGUUCCUGUAGUCUCUCAAGAAGAACGUUUUCUUUUCAGACGAAUCUGCCCAAAGGACUACCAUAUGUUUCAAUGUGUAGCAAGAUACGGAUAUAAGGACGUCCGUAAAGAAGAUCACCGUGCAUUUGAGCAACUACUCGUCGAAAGCCUAGAGAAGUUCAUGAGAAAAGAAGCUCAAGAACUCGCGUUAGAAAGUGGCAUCGAUGAUCUAGAUUUUGAUAGUGUUUCAGUUGGCCAAAGAAGCUAUUCUGGUGAACUUAGUGUACCAUUGAUACAACCAGAUGAUGAACCAGUGCUGCCAUCGAGUGUCAUGGGCCCCAUUGAUGAAGACCCAAGCCUAGAAUACGAGCUUUCGGCUCUUAGAGAAGCUACGGAAUCUGGGUUCACUUAUUUGCUUGGACAUGGAUCAGUAAGAGCUAAAAAGGACUCAUUUUUCCUCAAGAAGCUUGUGAUCAAUUACUUCUAUUCAUUUCUGAGGAACAACUGCAGGGGUGGUGCAGCAACAAUGAAGGUUCCACACAUGAAUAUCAUACAGGUUGGGAUGACAUAUAUGGUAUGAUAUACCUGUAGUAUACAUGUCAUGUCCUUUUGUCUACUUGUUAAAUUAUGGUUUAUAUGAUGAAGUCAAAGUCAAAGAUCCACGACUUGUUUUGUUGUAAACGAAUAUGCAAAAGCUCUCGUGUAAAUGCUGCUUGUCUUUUGAGUUUUGACAGUGUAAGGUCAAACUGAUUGAUCAACUUAUGCAAGCAACAAUAUAAGUUGGAAAUAAAAUGAUUGUUGAUCUGUA